UCAUAUUUUUCUUAACGACAUUUUCAUUUCUUACACUUUUUGAGUGUUAUAGAGACCUUUCAUAAAUUGGGAUUUUAGGCGACUUAUGUGGUUUUGGGAAGCCAACGUUUUGCGGUACAAACUUCAUAUUUUGACACUGUACAUUGGAGAAAACGUUUAGUUGAGCAUCUUGGAGGAAACAAAUGGGAACUAUAUUGUUUGAUGAGAUAAAGAAGAAAACAUCCGACUUCCUUCAAGAGAAAUAUAAAGUGGCUCGAUUAGCUUUAACAGAUGUUACCGAAGCAGAAUUGUUGGCUGAGGAAGCAACAAACUCGGAUCCAUGGAGUCCGGAUGCUAGAAAAAUGAAUAGAAUAGCUGAUGCUUCAUUUGACAUUGAUGAUUAUUGGAGAAUUGUUGAAGUUAUUCACAAGAGAUUGUAUGCGGUCGAUUGGAAGGAAUGGAGACAAUCUUACAAAGCCUUGUCCUUACUUGAUUAUUUACUAACUCAUGGUCCUGAAGAUUUUGCCAAGGAAUUUAAAUGUGAUGUUGAUGUCAUUGAAGAGCUAGGUGCAUUCAAAUACAUAGACAAGAAAGGGUUCAAUUGGGGUGCCAAUAUGGAAAAGAAAUCAGAAAGAGUUUUAAACCUGUUAAAGGGGGAAGAGUUUUUAAAGGCUGCUCGCUUGAAAGCUUUAAAAAUUAGCAAGGAAAUCAAAGGGUUCGGCAACUUAAUGGGUUCUCCGCAGGCAUCCACGUCGUCACCAUCAUCGUUUGGUACAUCAAGAACUUCAUUCGGAUCAUAUUCUCUUACUAGUUCAGUGUGGAAUGAAUCAGAAGACUAUUCAAGUAAACAUGAACAAAAUCUUCCUCGAAAAUCUCACAUGGAAAACUGCUCAUCACCAAGAGGAUUACCUUCAGAAGAGGGAACACACCUUUGGGAUAACCCUAUUCAAGAGGCAGGGUCUCUCUUAGAUCCAGAUGACGAAGAAGAUGAAGAGAAAAUAAAUAACGCAUUCAUAUGGGAUAACGAGAAAGGCGUAACACGGAGCUUUUCCGAUGUUGGAAAGGAGAUUAAAAAGAAAUUAUACCGUCAAUUUUCUACAAGAUGCUAAUAAGCUCCUAAUGUGCAUUAAAGGAUUCUUAAUAUUUCUUUCUAUAUAUAAAUGUCUUUUUAGUAGUAGUGUGGUAAAGUCACUUGGGUGAGGAUAUAUAUCUCGCAAGGCCUGAUUAAUGCAACGAGUACUUUGUAUAUAUAUGAUGAGUUUAGUAUCGAAAAUUUCUUAGUCAUCUAGUUUUGAUUCUUUUUUUUCCUGUACCUUUGAGGUUAUUCUUGCUGAGUUUUGUUUUUUUCUCUUUUCUAUAUGGGCUAUUAGCCAACAAGUUAUUA